CAGACCUCCUUCCCAGUUUGUACGACUGAAGAACACUGCAAAGAUCAGAUUGUAAUCUCAGACUCCAGUUUAAGAGCAGAUAUGUCUUUCUUUACAAUUGUGUCACUCGUGGUUUUUCUGGCUAUUGCUGAGGGUACCAGUACGGAGGAUCCAGGAGUGACUCUGCAAUGUCGCUGCAUCAACAAGGAGAGCAGGCACAUCGGACGUCAUAUAGAGAAGGUGGAGUUGAUCUCUGCCAACUCUCACUGCCCAGAAAUUGAGAUUAUUGCCACUCUUAAAAACAAUGGGGCAGAAGUCUGUCUGGACCCUGAAGCUCCGUGGGUCCAAAGAGUGCUCAAGAGAAUUUUGGAGCGCACAGCUUGAAAAAUAACGGACCCGGACACGUUUUCCCAGGAAGGAUUCACGUGACAGCGGUUGUGCAAAUAAAUCGUCAACACAACAAACGAGUGCGGACACAAACAAGGCUUUAUUCUGAAGAGUGUCACACUUUCAAAGAGCUGUUUUUAAAAGCAAUUAAAAUACUUGUGUGAUGGAAAUUUGACCUGAUGAGACUUCUGAAAUAAAGACAUUUGAGAAUAA